GGGUGGCCAGGGGCACACAGUAGCGGCCACCGAGGAGCAAGCAGCAGUGACAAGCGGAGGUACCCCCAACAGCAUCUUGCUGCAUGGACCUGGCCGCCGAGAGCUGCUGACAUCCCUGGGUCCUGGUUCCAAGGCUCAGCACGCUCUGUCUACCGUCGGCACCAGGGCUGUCUGGGUCUCGGACCCGGCAUUCUGAGCCAUGGAGCGGGGCAGCGGCUGCCACCGCCUCCUACUACUCCUACCUCUGGUGCUGGGGCUGAGUGCUGCCCCGGGAUGGGCAGGUGCACCCUCUGUGGAUUUACUGCGCGCCCUGAGGUUCCCCUCCCUUCCUGAUGGUGUCCGGAAAUCAAAAGGGCUCUGCCCGUCUGAUGUGGCCUACCGCGUGUCACGACCCGCCCAGCUCAGCGCGCCCACCCGCCAGCUCUUCCCAGGAGGCUUCCCCAGAGAUUUCUCCCUGGUGACCGUCGUCCGGACCCGCCCUGGCCUCCAGGCUCCCCUCUUGACCCUAUAUAGUGUACAGGGGGUCCAGCAGCUGGGCCUCGAGCUCGGCCGCCCCGUCCGCUUCCUGUAUGAGGACCAGAGGGGACGGCCACAAGCCCCCUCUCAGCCCGUUUUCCGAGGCCUCAACCUAGCAGAUGGCAAGUGGCACCGAGUGGCUGUGGCCGUGAAGGGUCAGUCUGUCACCCUCAUUGUGGACUGUAAGAAGCGAGUCACCCGGCCCCUCCCCCGAAGUGUGAAUCCGGUGCUGGACACCCGCGGGGUGGUGAUCUUCGGAGCCCACAUCCUGGAUGACGAAGUCUUCGAGGGCGAUGUUCAGGAGCUGGUCAUUGUCCCGGGCGUCCAAGCUGCCUAUCAGUCCUGUGGACAGAAGGAUCUGGAAUGUGAGAGGGCACAGCGGGACGCACCUCAGACCCAGAGGCCUCACAGAGCCCAGAGAUCCCCGAAGAAGCAGCCGUCAAGGCUCCAUAAGCCGCAGAGCCAGGAGCCCCAGCGACAGCCCUCUGAGCCUCUCAACUAUGACUACGAGCCCCCCUAUUACGAUGUGAUGACUACGGGGACCACCCCCGAUUACCAGUACCUCAUCCCGGGUGAAGAGGAAGGAGUCUUGGAGUCCAGCCCCUUGCCAUUCCUCGAGGAGGAGCAGACAGAUCUCCAGGUGCCCCCCACAGCCGACAGUUUCCAGGCAGAGGAAUAUGGGGAGGGUGGCACAGACCCAACCACGGGGCUGUACGGUCACACCUAUGGCUAUGGGGACUACCGUGAGGAGGAGACGGAGCUUGGCCCUGCCCUCUCUGCGGAGACCGCUCACUCAGGAGCCGUUGCCCACGGACCCCGGGGGCUAAAGGGAGAGAAGGGAGAGCCUGCUGUACUGGAGCCUGGUAUGUUCGUAGAGGGACCCCCUGGCCCAGAAGGCCCCGCGGGAUUGACUGGACCCCCUGGCAUCCAGGGGAACCCAGGCCCGGUUGGAGACCCUGGCGAGAGGGGCCCUCCUGGCCGGGCAGGGCUUCCCGGAUCAGAUGGACCCCCUGGUCCUCCUGGCACGUCUCUGAUGCUCCCAUUCCGGUUUGGCAGCAGUGGAGGUGACAAGGGCCCCGUGGUGGCAGCCCAGGAGGCCCAGGCCCAGGCCAUUCUGCAGCAGGCACGGCUGGCACUGCGUGGGCCGCCUGGCCCCAUGGGAUACACGGGCCGCCCUGGACCCUUGGGUCAGCCGGGGAGCCCUGGCUUAAAAGGAGAAUCUGGAGACCUGGGCCCUCAGGGCCCCAGAGGUCCCCAGGGCCUCACAGGCCCUCCUGGCAAGGCUGGGCGAAGGGGCCGAGCUGGUGCCGACGGAGCCCGCGGGAUGCCCGGAGAACCCGGUGUGAAGGGCGACCAAGGUUUUGACGGACUUCCAGGUCUACCUGGCGAGAAGGGACAAAGGGGUGACACGGGCGCUCAGGGUCUUCCUGGGCCUCCCGGCGAGGACGGAGAGCGGGGUGAUGACGGAGACAUUGGGCCCCGGGGGCUGCCUGGAGAGUCGGGACCCAGAGGACUUCUUGGCCCCAAAGGUCCACCUGGUAUUCCUGGGCCCCCGGGAAUUCGAGGCAUGGAUGGUCCCCACGGCCCCAAGGGGAGCCUGGGACCUCAAGGAGAGCCAGGACCCCCUGGACAACAGGGCACUCCUGGGACCCAGGGGCUUCCCGGUCCCCAGGGUGCCAUCGGCCCUCAUGGAGAGAAGGGUCCUCGUGGGAAACCAGGGCUUCCUGGCAUGCCUGGCUCGGAUGGACUCCCCGGUCACCCUGGGAAGGAAGGUCCCCCUGGAACCAAAGGGAACCAGGGUCCCUCUGGACCACAGGGUCCUUUAGGAUACCCAGGCCCUCGAGGUGUCAAGGGUGUGGAUGGAAUUCGGGGCCUGAAGGGCCACAAGGGUGAAAAGGGCGAGGACGGCUUUCCUGGGUUCAAAGGUGACAUAGGUGUGAAAGGAGACAGGGGUGAGGUUGGAGUCCCUGGUUCCAGGGGAGAAGAUGGCCCUGAGGGGCCGAAGGGGCGCACUGGACCUACUGGGGACCCUGGACCCACCGGGCUCGUGGGCGAGAAGGGCAAACUAGGCGUUCCCGGCCUGCCUGGCUACCCCGGACGCCAGGGUCCCAAGGGGUCCCUGGGGUUCCCUGGUUUUCCUGGAGCCAGUGGAGAGAAAGGAGCUCGGGGUCUGUCUGGGAAAUCAGGACCUCGGGGAGAACGGGGCCCCUCGGGCCCAAGGGGUCAGCGCGGGCCUCGGGGUGCCACUGGGAAGUCUGGAGCCAAGGGAACGUCAGGCGGCGACGGUCCCCACGGGCCACCCGGAGAGAGGGGUCUUCCUGGCCCUCAGGGCCCCAACGGAUUUCCUGGCCCCAAAGGCCCUCCGGGCCCAGCAGGGAAGGACGGGCUGCCGGGACACCCAGGCCAGAGGGGAGAAGUGGGAUUCCAAGGGAAGACCGGCCCCCCAGGCCCCCCUGGAGUGGUGGGACCUCAGGGAGCAGCUGGGGAAAGUGGUCCCAUGGGGGAGAGAGGUCACCCUGGCCCCCCAGGACCUCCUGGAGAGCAAGGACUGCCUGGGACUGCUGGAAAGGAGGGGACCAAGGGUGACCCUGGUCCCCCUGGGGCCCCAGGGAAAGAUGGUCCCGCUGGUCUGAGGGGUUUCCCAGGAGAGCGAGGCCUCCCAGGCACUGCUGGUGGACCUGGCUUGAAGGGAAAUGAAGGUCCCGCUGGCCCCCCUGGCCCUGCAGGCUCCCCCGGGGAGCGAGGUGCAGCAGGGUCUGGGGGCCCCAUCGGUCCCCCAGGGCGUCCAGGCCCGCAAGGGCCCCCCGGAGCCGCAGGAGAGAAAGGCGUCCCGGGUGAGAAGGGUCCUAUUGGUCCCACUGGCCGCGAUGGGGUGCAGGGUCCCGUGGGGCUUCCUGGUCCGGCGGGACCCCCAGGCGUGGCUGGAGAGGAUGGGGACAAGGGUGAGGUGGGGGACCCAGGACAGAAGGGGACCAAGGGGAACAAAGGCGAACACGGUCCUCCUGGGCCUCCUGGUCCCAUCGGUCCCGUGGGGCAGCCCGGAGCCGCGGGAGCCGACGGGGAGCCUGGAGCGCGGGGCCCCCAGGGACACUUUGGAGCCAAAGGCGAUGAAGGGACAAGAGGAUUCAAUGGGCCCCCAGGACCCAUUGGCCUCCAGGGCCUGCCAGGACCUUCUGGGGAGAAGGGAGAAACAGGAGACGUGGGGCCUAUGGGACCACCUGGCCCUCCAGGACCUCGAGGCCCCGCUGGACCCAAUGGUGCUGAUGGCCCACAAGGUCCCCCUGGAGGCAUUGGGAACCUGGGUCCCCCUGGAGAGAAGGGGGAGCCGGGAGAAUCUGGGACUCCAGGUGUCCAGGGAGAGCCGGGUGUCAAGGGUCCACGCGGUGAACGUGGCGAGAAAGGAGAGGCUGGGCAGGCAGGAGAGGCUGGACCACCAGGGCCUAAAGGUCCUACAGGCGAUGAUGGCCCCAAGGGGAACCCUGGACCUGUUGGCUUUCCUGGGGACCCUGGGCCCCCUGGAGAAGCUGGCCCACGGGGCCAGGAUGGUGCUAAGGGUGACCAGGGAGAGGACGGCGAGCCAGGACAGCCUGGAUCCCCUGGUCCCACCGGGGAGAAUGGGCCCCCUGGGCCGCUUGGGAAGCGGGGACCUGCUGGCACUCCUGGUCCAGAAGGACGACAAGGAGAAAAGGGAGCCAAGGGGGACCCUGGUGCUGUUGGGGCCCCAGGAAAGACAGGCCCUGUGGGCCCUGCAGGCCCAGCGGGAAAGCCUGGCCCUGAUGGUCUUCGGGGGCUCCCGGGCGCAGUGGGCCAACAAGGUCGCCCUGGAGCCACAGGCCAGGCUGGGCCCCCAGGUCCUGUGGGACCCCCAGGGCUUCCUGGCCUCCGGGGCGAUGUUGGAGCCAAGGGAGAGAAGGGUCACCCAGGUCUCAUCGGACUGAUUGGGCCGACUGGAGAGCAAGGAGAGAAGGGUGACCGGGGUCUUCCUGGCCCUCAGGGCUCCCCCGGACAGAAGGGAGAGACGGGUAUCCCAGGAGCGUCUGGCCCCAUUGGUCCUGGAGGGCCCCCUGGCCUGCCUGGACCUGCUGGUCCAAAAGGAGCCAAAGGAGCCACAGGCCCGGCUGGACCUAAGGGAGAGAAGGGUGUGCAGGGCCCUCCAGGACACCCGGGACCCCCGGGUGAGGUGAUCCAGCCACUGCCCAUUCAGAUGCCCAAGAAGACCCGCCGCUCUGUGGACGGAAGCCAGCUGAUGCAGGACGAGGCUGAGCCCACUGGUGGUGCCCCGGGCACUCCUGCAGGGCUGGAGGAGAUCUUUGGCUCACUGGACUCUCUGAGGGAAGAGAUUGAACAGAUGAGGAAGCCGACAGGGACCCAGGACAGCCCUGCUCGCACCUGCCAGGACUUGAAGCUGUGCCACCCAGAGCUUCCAGACGGAGAGUACUGGGUUGACCCCAACCAGGGCUGUGCUCGGGAUGCCUUCCGGGUGUUCUGCAACUUUACAGCAGGAGGGGAGACUUGUGUUACACCUAGGGAUGACAUCACACAGUUCUCCUACGUGGACUCUGAGGGCUCCCCAGUGGGUGUGGUCCAGCUCACCUUCUUGCGUCUGCUCAGCGUCUCUGCCCACCAGAACGUCUCCUACCCUUGCUCUGUAGUAGCCCAGGAUGGCCCCCUGAGACUCCGGGGGGCCAAUGAGGAUGAACUGAGCCCUGAGACCAGCCCCUAUGUCAAGGAGUUCAGAGACGGUUGUCAGACCCAGCAAGGCCGGACGGUGUUGGAGGUGCGCACACCUGUGUUGGAGCAGCUGCCCGUGCUGGACGCCUCCUUCUCAGACCUGGGGGCCCCCACAAGGCGGGGAGGAGUGCUUCUGGGGCCUGUCUGCUUCAUGGGCUAGGCCCUACUCUGACCCUGUCAAUCAAAAGCGGGCCCACCUGGAGUCACACAGCAUGGACUUCAUGCCACCUCCCAUGAAAACCCCCCUCAUCUUCUAGGGGGUCUUGGGCCAGGGCACCUCAAGCCUCAAGUCAGGGGCAGCAGCCAGGAGUGGAGUGAACCAGGGGGUGCCGGGAUAGCCCAGGGGAGGGGUGACACCUGGGUGUCCAGCUCUCCCACUUGUGACCCAUCAGAGAGCUGAGACCUUUAUUUAAAAUAUUUCCCUGUCACCCCAAAAUAAGGGGAAGAGAAAGGACACUGUGUAUUUUGUAUUUAAAAGGAGUAAUUAUAUUAAUUAUUUAAAGAGUGAAAAAAACAACAAAGCAACAAAGAAGAUAAAGAGAGAAAUGCCAAAUACCCCAGCAAAUAUUGGGGUCAGGUGCUGCAAGGGUGGGCCAGCACCCCACCCUCCCCUCAGGGUUUUCCUUAGUGCCCAUGGUGUGACUUUCUGGAAUGAACCCCCCCUCCUCACAUUCCACCUGGGACACUAAGAAUGCUGGAAUAAACACGCUCUCCCCUACCCCCCACCUGCCUCAGGACUCCAGCUCUCUCCACACCCAGGGUGGAAGCUCUGUGACAUGACUGUCCCUGUCAGGAAUGGCCUGCCACUUAAGAUCAGGUCGCCUCUCCAGGGGACACCAGACCAGAGGGCUGUGCAGGGCCUGCUUCCGGCAGGUUAUUGAAAUACUGAAGUUCUUCCAGUGGGUGAAGUCGCCGUGGCUUUGAGCACUGUCCUGGCCACACAGUUCCCCCCCUCCCCCGGGCACCUCCUCACCUCCCCGAUCCUGAAGAGAGCUAAUAAUGUCUAAGCCUAUGGCCAGAAGGGACUCCCAGGACCCCUCUAGCCCUAUGCCCAACUCCCUCCUGACUGAUGGCUAAAUAAUGUGAUUGUCUCUCC